GUGUGUGUGUGUGUGUGUGUGUGUGUGUGUGUGUGUGUGUGUGUGUGUGUGUGUGUGUGUGUGUGUGUGUGUGUGUGUGUGUGUGUGUAGUGGGGAUUCUGUGGGUUUAUUUUGAGGAAGCUGCGGUCAGAUCUGGGUGGGCACCUGUGUGGGGAAAUCACACUAAGACACUGGUAUUAAAACACAGAUGAGGAGAAGGAGAGAUUAGUCUGGACUGAAGCUCCGCGCUGCAGCUUGGCAGGUAAACUAGCAUUUGCAUUGAGUUAAUAGAAGUUUUUAUGAACAAAUAGAACGCUGUGUCUGUUUUAGAUGACUGUUUGCCAGUGUUGAAGUUUAUAUAGUCAUGUGCAGACUAUGUACUGAUAUAUUCAAAGACUGGACCCAGAGACACUCAACGCUCUGGAUCAUCAGUCUUUUCUCAGACUGGACCUGAGAAGAGCUGAGGUUCUCUCUGCUAUAUUAAAAAUUAAAAAUAAAUUACUGUGUGACGAGGGCGUCCAUAGAGACACUUCUGAAUAACAUCGCACGAGGUCAUAUCAGCUAAUACGUGAAAACAACUAGACCUUGUCGACCUAUAAUGCAAAGAAAUCCAUUAAACUCACAUCGUUUUCAACGGUCAACAUUUCAAACGGUCGAGCUGGAGAAAUGUUGCCUUUUACUUUAUUUGUUGUUGCUUCAAAAGUAAGAGACAAGAGAAGAUGCUUCCUGUAUUUUCAAAUUAAAACCUUUUUUUCAAGGACUGUUGCACUUUUUUUUUUUAGAAAUCACUGGUUGUGAAACUUGGGUGGACGCCUUCCUGUUUUCACAUGUGCUGCUUUGAACAGCUGACGCCCUGCCUUCAUCUCAACACGCUCUCUCCCCACAGGGCUCGUUUUCCGUCGCCGCCAUGGCCGACGACGCGCCGGCUCCUUCGGGCGAGCGAAACGCCGGCUUCGCCGUCAUCGUCGGCGCCGUCGGCCCCGGCGGCGCCAAAUGCAGCCGGAUCGGUAGGAAGGUGGCUGCCAUGCUGAGGGGCAGGGUGCACAGCCGGGACCCCACCUCUAAUGGGACGCCACGCUGUCGCCAGCGGCGGCGGUCGGCCGAACGCGCGGCCCAGUCCUCCUGCGUCAUCAUAGCGAGGAAGAGCAGGAAGGAACCAGAGCCUCCUCAGCGCAGCUGGUCCCUCCUCGCACCCCACGCAGCCUCCGGGUCUCCAAAGCGCUGCUCCUGCCCCCCCAUCGGGGUCUGUCACCCGCCCUCUCACUCUGCCUCCUCCUCCUCUUCCUCCUCCUCUUGCUCCUCUCCUCCUCCUGUGCCGACGUCCGUCAUCACCGGCCGCGACCCGCUCGGCUGGAAGUUGCACCCCAAGCCCGGCUCCCCCUCCCCCCGUGCCCGCGCCAAGCGGUUGUCUCUGCAGAGCCCCCUGCCGGUUUUCUGUCCCGACCCCAAACCGAGUCCCGCACCCGGCUCGCGGUCCCACGGCACUCCAACCGCAGACCCCUCGGUCCAGACCCGGCCCCCUCUCCCGCUCGAUCCGCCCCGCCGCCGCCACUCGGACUCCUCCGCCUUCCGCGGACCCCCGCCGGCCUUCGCGGCGCCUGCGGUGACGCUCGAGGACCUCUGCGCUGUGCGCCUCCGCCCGACCCCCCCUCCGGAGGGGCCCGACGACGUCUUCAGUGAUGCCACCGAAGGGCAGGGGAAGCCGCGCAGGACGCCGCCGCCCGUGCCGGGCAAAUCCUUCAUGGCGAGACAAGUAGCGCAGCUGAUAGCUCAGUCGCGCCGGCGCCAACGAGCCGCGGCGCGACCCGUCAAAGCUGAGGGAGACGCGUGUGGUGCUGACUGCAAGAGAGCGCAAGCAGCAGAACGCGCAGGGCUGCGACUGGACGCCAGCUGCACCAGCGAGCCGCUCGGCUCCCGGUUCCCGGACAGAGAGGCGUGAAGAGAACCAGACCCUUUCGUUUCCUUCCAAGAUCCCUGAGCAGAUCCCACGGCGUGUUUCCCUGUGAAUUUAACACCACUUGUCCUCAUUUGACCUUUUUGUAUUCCCAGUGUUGUGUGUGUGAAACGCUGCUUUCCAGCUGAUAUUAAUCCAUUGUUUUGUUGGACAAUCAACUUGUAGCUUUAAGUGGAUGUGGGGGAGGAAACCCCUGCAGAGGCUGCACGUCUUGCUGUUUGCUUCCAGAGGUGAUAAAUCACCAAAGCUACUCUUUCCUGUUUGUGUGUCCAGGGUGUGUAUGUUAAAAAAUAUAUAGUUAUGUCAUUCAUUGAUAUGAAAUAAACUAUAAACAAUAAUAAGAUUUACGUCAUGUUAAAUCAUUAAAGCAAAAACUGUG